UCGACGGGGCGUUUUUCCGCGUUGUGCUCACUCCUAAGCGGUGUCCUAUUUGCGUCGGUGCGGGAUGCCUAACAUAAAGUGUUGUGUGUGUGGUGAUCGCAGGACAAACGAGAAUAAUUUGACUGUUUUCGCAUUCCCAUUUCAACAAGUCCACCUACAGAAGUGGCUUGAAGCAUGUCACUUCAGUGUUGUGGCUCCCGGUCAUGGAGUGUGCCAGGCACAUUUUUCAUCAGAAGCUUUUUCCAGCCUAGCAACUAAAAGGAAAAGGCUGAAGCCCAAUGCGGUGCCAUCUCUGCAGCUCAGGGAAGGUGUUCCAGGCACCCCAGUGCUUCCAGCAUCUACACCAUCUCUAAGACCAGAAUCUAGACACUUGACAACAAGUAAGAAGCUGGUGGUAUCCAACAGCACAUACAUGAUCCUUCGACGUGCGAUGCGAAAGGCCGGCCUACCAUCAGUCAAGCGUACUAUCCUGCAUCUUGCUAAAGGGUACCUGGGGGAACCUGGUGGCGGAGAUGGCGGUAGGAGGCACGCCAGCGGCGGUAAUAUGGGUGGCGAUGGCGACACGGGUGACACUGAGGACUUGGCCAUGCCGAGUAUACCACGGGCGUUUCAUUCGCCGAUAACCUCACAGGCUACCAGGGAGCCAGCCGACGUUGCAUGGACCCCGAGCGCCUUUACACCCGGCGGCAGCCAGGGCUCGGCGUCGACUCCCGACCAAGCAACCACUUUGGACGCAGCUGUGGAGCUCGAGCAGAUUAGUCCUAACAUGGAGGUGGAAACCGCAGAGGAAGAAGACGUGAACGUCGGAGCGACGGAGGAGGACGGCCGUCAUUGGGGCACCCGCAGUGCUGUCGUCUCUGAGCCCCAGCUGCGCGAGCUGGCUGAGGCCACCGCGGUGCUCUGCACCCGUUGCGGUGCUAGGUGCGGCGUGAACGUCACUCGCAUCACUGUAUCAUUCACAGUCACAUGGGAAUGCAAAACAUGUGCCACUGUCGCCAAUAAGUGGGUGUCAACGCCGAAGGAGGGCCACACAAUGGUCAUAGACACCCUACUUGUUGCGGCCGUCGUACUCAGCGGCAGUCAUCUGGAAAAGCUGAACAAGUUGUUGGCCUUCGCAAACAUAGGGCAGCUCAGUCGGACGGCGUACAGCCGUAUCACACAAAUCGUUGUAGCACCAGUGAUUGAGGAGGCGUUCAACAGGACUCUGACUGAAAACCGAGAGGCGGCUCUCGUGGCAUCACCUGAUGGUCUUGUGGUUGCUGGUAACCGCCAAAGUGACGGCCCUGGCUUCUCGGCGACAUAUGGCUGCUACGCCAUAAUGGACCACACAACUGGCCACAUCAUAGCGCAGAACACUAUGUGCCGUGAGGAGGUCGGCUUCUCCAGCCCGAAGCUGGAGGUGGAAGGCCUGUCACGCUGCCUUAGCGACCUCGAAGGAAUGCCCAUCAAGGAGUUCGUAUCUGAUCAGCACUUGGGUGUCCGGAAGGUUGUCAGGCAACGUCUGCCAGGAGUGCAGCACUCGUACAACGUCAGGCACGCUGCGAAGAACGUGGCGAAGCGCCUGCGCCAACAUGCAGCGAAGGCUACAAACCGGGCGCUGAGACCAUGGGUGCGCCACGUCAAAAAUCACUUCUGGUGGUGCGCCCAAACAUCGCAUGGAGACGUCGACGUGUUCAAGAAGCGGUGGAUGAUGAUCAUAAACCACGUGGUAAACAUCCACGCUACACCCAGCGGCCUCAACCGCUGUCACCAUGCUGACGUGCCGGAGGGCGAGUCUCGGGAACCGCCGUGGCUGCUGCCGGGAUCCUCGGCGCACAACGCCCUGUGGGAGGUCGUGGCCAGCUACCGCACACUGAACCUCGCUGCCUUCGUUGUGAACUACAGGCGCACUGACAACCUGGAGGUGUUUCACGCAGCCAGCCUUGAGUACACUCCAAAGCCGAAAUACUUCGCGCCUCUCGACUUUGUUACCCGGAAGCGCGCAGCUGUGCUGGACUGGUCCGCACACCGCAGCCGAGACUAUGCCAGGGACGAGGAGGGCAACGUCAAAACGUCUCGCGUCUCCAGCCGUGUCUCCGACCAGUACAUCGUACGGCCGGUGAAGGCGCCGAAGACCUUCCCGCACGUGCGCCCGCUCCUGGAGGCCAUCGUGGACAGGCGUAUGCAGGUCGCCAUCACUGGCCCGUCGGAAGCACUCCGGUGGGGCACACCCCCUCGUGCGCCGCGGACCCCGGGCAGACAAAAGCCGGGAGGGCCUGGUGGACAGUCGCGUUCGGCACAGCUGAUUUCCAGUAGCUUUUUUUGUCAUUUGUCACAUCAUUGUCAUGUCAUGUUGUGUCAUGAUUGCUUUGUUUUGUUCUGUCAUAUAAGCUGUUUUGUCAUCAUUUGCCAUGACUGCCUAGCCCAGCUUUGCUCACCCUGGUGGACGUAAUGCGAUGUUUGCCAAGACCGGAGGCCCUGAAGAAUUGUCAUGUCAGGUUUGUGGGCGAGCGACAGGUUCAUUUUUCAUUAUCGUUAGAUGCGUAAUCACUGAAGAUGUGUUUGUGUCUUUCUUACGUACGUUUGUGGAUUCGAAAACAUGCUGAACAAGUAACUCCACUUGGUUGUGUGCCUUGCGGAAAGCGAUGUGUGCAUUGUAUCGGGU